AUGCUGUCAUUUCGCACCAUUGCGCGCUCCGCGCCCCGAACCAUCACCCGCAUGGCCGCGGCCUCCAUGCGCCAGGGCGUCGUCGCGCGUCCCCUCGCCGCCACGUCCGUAGCUCGCACCUCUGGCUUCCAGAUGCUGCGCGCCGGCGCCGCCAGCAGCUUCUCCACGACCGCCGGUCGCCGCGCCGCGGACGGCGAGACGGACGACGAGCUGUCGGCCAAGAUUGAGAGCGAGAUCCAGAUCGAGGAGGAGAUGAAGGCCGGCGAGCAGGAGCCGUCGAGCGUCAAGGACUUUAUCGACAACAGCCCCUUUGAGCUGAUCGACACGCCCGGCCAGGAGGUUGUCAAGCUGGUCCGCACCUUUGGCGAGGAAAAGAUCACCAUCUCCUUCUCCAUCGCCGACAUCAACUCAUUUGACCCCUACGCCGACGAGGCCGCCCUCGAGGACGAGGGCAUCGAUGACGACCUGCAGGCCGCCGAGGGCGGCAAGCGCCAGGCCCAGCAGCAGCAUCAGGACCUCGAGGGCGAGCUCGAGGCCGACGUGGACGAGGAGGCGCCCGCGCCCAUCAACCUGUCCAUAGUCGUGGAGAAGCCCGGCAAGACGGCGGGCGCGCUGGCCAUCGACGCCACCGCCCAGGACGGCAACAUCGUCGUAGAGAACCUCUUCCACUACGCCGACGCGGCCCUCGCCCGCCUCGACUCGCCCGAAGCCGCCCAGCGCCGCGCCGACGUCUACCCCGGCCCGCCCUUUGGCAGCCUCGACGAGGACCUCCAGGUGCUCGUCGAGCGCUUCCUCGAGGAGCGCGGCGUCACCCAGGCCCUCGCCGUCUUCGUCCCCGACUACGUCGACCUCAAGGAGCAGAACGAGUACCUGCGCUGGCUCAACAACGUCAAGGGCUUUAUUGACGCGUGA